CAUCACUCACAACCACAUCACAUCCAAAGCUCGAUCCCCAGCUCUCUCUCUCUCUCACCACCAUGGCCGGCAUCAACUGCUCCAUUGUCCCCUGCAGCGCGCUCAUGGAGGGGAAAGAAUUCAACUUCUCCAACCUCUACCUUCACCACACCUAUGGCGGCCCGAAGCCGAACCAGUCGACGAUCAUAAACAAUAAUGGUUCUACCGGGCUGGGAAUGACGGCUGUCAACAAUUGGGCGGUGUACGAUGGACUUGGUAGUGAUGCCAAGGUUGUUGCCCAUGCACAUGGCCUGCAUAUCUAUGCUGGCCUUAGUCGCCAUAAUUCCUUCAGCUUGGUAUUUGAGAAUGAAAGGCUUAAGGGAUCCACCCUCCAGGUGAUGGGAGUACCUGUUGAAUGUGGUGAGUGGGCUAUUGUUGGGGGAACAGGGGAGUUCAUUAUGGCAUCUGGUGUCAUCUACAAGAAGGUGCAUGAGCGAAGAUCCGAGGGUAACAUCAUUGAACUUACAAUCCAUGGGUUUUGCCCCAGUCUGAAAGGCACAAAGUGCCUUCCCACCAAGGUUGGGCCAUGGGGUGGAAAUGGAGGGACACCUCAAGAUAUCACAGAGACUCCAAAGCGUCUAGAAUCCAUCACAAUACGCAGUGGCGAGGUUGUUGAUUCAAUCUCAUUUAGCUACUUUGAUCAAGCUGGUCAGAAGCGCGUGGCUGGCCCAUGGGGCGGUCCUGGUGGGAAUCUCAACACGAUCGAAUUGUCCAGUUCAGAAUUUCUGAAGGAAGUUUCCGGAACAUUUGGCACAUACUACGGAUCCAAUGUCAUAACAUUUAUUAAAUUUGUCACAAAUGUAAAAACAUAUGGGCCAUUUGGGAAGCAGAACGGAACCCCUUAUAUCCCCGUGCAGAACAACAGCAGUGUUGUAGGUUUCUUUGGGCGCGGCGGGAAGUACCUCGACGCAGUUGGCGUCUACGUGCAUCCGCUCUAACUUCCCGUGUUUGAGCUCAUGGUGUCUUAAUUUGCUGCGACAAUUGGUUUAUAAUAAACUUGGGAAAAAUCCUCGUUUGCAUGUACUGUGACGAUGGAUAUCCCUUUUUAGCUGGAGUGCUUGAUCUGAAUUUGCACUCCUUCUGUCAGUGUCUCAGUUUGUUGCACGCAGCAAUAAUAAAGAUCUGGAUUAAUUAAAGAUUGAUUUUGUUACUGAA